AUGGUGUCGGUAUUCACCACCCUUCCAAUGGUCUAUGGGUAUAUGGUGAGGGCGAGGAAGAUGGUCGACACAAAUCUACAGUAUUGCAAGGAUUCGGCCACCGACAUUUGGUCGAAUAUCAGCCAAAUUGACGGGCGGCUGAAGAACCGGACGGCCAGACAGGCAUACAACCCGGGGCCGCAGACGUACAAUACUGGAAGCGGAAGUGGACAUGCUAAUGGCGGACAACACGGGCCAGAUUUGGACCUGGUUCCGCAUCUGGACAUGCUUCCGGAAGCGGAACAGCUUCGAGUAUACAUUCCGGAAGUGAAAGCGCAGCUGGAUCAUACUCCGGAAGCGGAAGUGGAUCCGGUUCAGCAGCCGGUUCCGGAUUCGGCGCCGGAUGUGGAAACUGCUGCAAACCAGGACCUCCAGGAGCCGCCGGAACGCCCGGAAGACCCGGCAAGCCCGCCGUGUCCGGCAGGGCCACCUGGGCCUCCUGGCCCGGCUGGACCACCUGGAGGACCCGGAAAUGAUGGCCAACCAGCGAUUGCAAGCGGAGGGGGGCCACCCGGACCCCUUGGACCACCAGGCCCGCCCGGCGAGGCCGGAAAGCCGGGAGGUGAUGGACAGCCUGGUGCUCGGGCGAAGCCGGGAGCGAGCGAAGCUUCAGCUCCAAGUGAGCCUGGACCUCCUGGACCACCAGGACCGCCUGGAGCUCCUGGUCAAGAUGGAAUGAGUGUGGAGGGACAGAAAGGGGCACCAGGACCGCCUGGACCACCGGGACCGCCAGGAGCCCCCGGAAUAGACGGAAACCCCGGCCCGUCCGGCCAAUCCGGAAACGACGGUCCCCUGGGCGAAAAGGGUAUCUGCCCCAGGUAUUGCGCGAUCGACGGCGGUGUCUUUUUCGAGGACGGCACCCGGCGA